AUCCUAUCGCGUCACGCACUUCAUUCCUCAGAAGUCAGAACAACCGAUCCCACCACCGUUGUACUUUAGAACUAGAACAUCCAUCAAAACCCGGCCAAUAUCCAUCAAACCGGAACAAACCAACUCGGCUCAAACAUGGACCGGUCACCGGAGAAUCUCAUCCUUGUCAACCGCGAACCGAACGGCGUCGCGGUGGUCACGAUCAACCGCCCCGGUUCCCUGAACUCGCUGACCCGGGCGAUGAUGGUGGACAUGGCUCAAGCUUUCAAAAGCCUGGACCAGGACGAAUCGGUGCGGGUCAUCAUAUUAACCGGGUCGGGCCGAUCAUUCUGCUCCGGCGUCGACCUCACUGCGGCCGAGGACGUUUUCAAAGGCGAUGUGAAGGACGCAGAGAGCGACCCGGUUAUACAAAUGGAGCGGUGCCGGAAACCCAUCAUCGGAGCUAUAAAGGGAUUCGCCGUCACCGCUGGAUUCGAAAUCGCCCUCGCCUGUGAUAUCAUAAUCGCCGCCAAAGGAUCCAAGUUCUUAGACACUCAUGCUAGGUUUGGGAUAUUUCCAUCAUGGGGUUUGUCUCAGAAGCUUUCACGCAUUAUAGGGGUCAACAAAGCACGUGAGGUGUCGCUGACAGCCACGCCUUUGACAGCAGAGGUUGGUGAAAAGCUGGGUUUUGUGAACCAUGUUGUUGAAGACGGUGAAGUGUUGAAGAAGAGCAGAGAAGUUGCUGAUGCCAUUGUGAAAAAUAGCCAAGACCUGGUGUUGAGGUACAAGUCGGUCAUCAAUGAUGGCCUCAUGCUGGAUCUGGGUCAUGCUCUUUCCCUUGAAAAGGAGAGGGGGCAUGAUUAUUAUAAAGGAAUGACAAAGGAGCAGUUUCGGAAGAUGCAGGAAUUCAUUGCAGGUCGAAGCAAGAAACCGUCCAAAUUGUAGGUUCUUUACUUGCACUGAUCUCUCAUGCUGUAAAAAUGUGUUGCUCCCCAAAACUGAGGUUUUACAAGUUAAUACUUGUGAUAGUAUUAUGAUGAAAUGAUGAAUUAUAGGUGUCAUUAUAGUUACUUGUUAUGAAAUUUUUAAUUUCUGAGCUA